AUGGGCCAGAGCUGGACGUCCCUGCGCACCAUGAUGGCUUAUAGCGUGGCUACGAACCGCCGAGAAGCCGUGGCCAGCGCAAAAAUACGGCUUGGCAGCACGGAAGCCUUGAAAUGGUACCGGCUCGACGACGGCGUCAUGGGCGGCCGGUCGUCGACGCAGCACACGACCGAGGGUGGAGCUCUGACUUUUGCGGGCAUGCUCGAUACGAGAGGCGGCGGCUUCACGUCCGUCCGCGCGGACUUCGCCGGCGGACUGAAGAGCGACGCUCUCCGCGUGCGCUUCCGCGGCGACGGCAAGACGUACAAGGUCUUACUGUCGAACGGGCAAGGCGGCGGCCCGUGGUCGAACAACCCGUCCUGGCAGCACGACCUGCCCACGAAGCUCGGCGAGGAGCAGUCCGUCGUCCUACCUCUCGCAAAAUUCGUGCCGUCGUUCGGCGGCCAGCGCAGCCGUUCGCACGCGGGCUCAUUGAAUCCCAAAGACAUGGCCCAGGUCGGCUUCAUGCUCUCUUUGUAUCUCAGCGACGGCUCGCCGAACCCGGAAAAAACCUUCGUGCAGAAGGGCACCGCAUCAUCUUUCAGAUUAGAAAUUCUAGGCGUCGAGGAGACCUAA